AUGGGACAGAAGUUUUCGGAGCUGAUCAAAACGGGAGAAGCCAUAGAGGAUGGCCUUAAGUCUGGAAAGGUUACAAGUUUCACUGCUUUGCAGGUCGCCAACAAAUCCUCACCAUCCAUGGCCACAGGAUUCGCUAGGAAAAAGAAAGAUGACGUGUCUGCUGUAUCUUUUAGCCCAAGGCCAAGGCCGCAAAGGUAUUUUGGGUCUGGUUCUGCCAUUGGAAACUCCAACCGAUUCCCCACAUCAAAUAUGUACCCACCAUCUCCACAAGCUCCAAUCCCAAUCUACUAUGCACAACAGAACUACCAAGCACCACCGCCUAUCUACCAAAAUCAACCACCAACCUACCAAAAUAUACUACCAAAUCACCAAGCCAAUGCAAACAAUCUACCCCGCCCUAACCUCGAAAAAAAGCCUCCCAGGGUUUUCACUCCUUUGGCAGAAACACGUACCCAACUCUUUGAGCGUCUACGAGCGGCAGUAUUGAUCCAACCAGUAGACUCAAGAACAAUUAAUCCCACAACAAAGUUCUUCGGAGCGGAUCAACGUUGUGCGUACCAUUUUGGAGGGGCAGGACAUGAUACAGAAGAACGUAUCAAUCUGAAACAUAAGAAUCAAGACUUGAUCGAUAACAGAUUCAUCACUCUCCAAGCCCCUGCCCCCAAUGUGAACCUUAACCCAUUACCGAAUCAUGGAGGAGCUACUAUCAACAUGAUUGAAAGAGACGAAUAUUGGUUUGCUAAUGGAACUAUCGGUGAAGCAAAUGUCUACUCACUUAUACCAACAUUGGCCUCAUUAACCAUAAAGGCCCGUCCAGAGUUUGUUGUAAUAACUGCACCUCAUCAGGCAUUUGCUUUGGCAAAGGAAAGAAGCAACGAGAAGCCCAAAGAAAAGUUUGUUGUCCAGGCGGCUACUGCUCAAGGGAUGACACGUUCUGGAAGAUGUUAUGUUCCGGAAGAGUUAGCUCAGGAAACACGAAGAAAGGAGAACCAAAAAAGGCCAAUCACAGAAGGUGAGGCCGAAGAAUUUUGGCAAAGAAUGCAGCCUAAGGAGUACUCCAUUGUCAAGCAUUUGGAGAAGACUCCAGCUCAAAUUUAUGUUUGGGCUUUAUUAAUGAGUUAUGAGUACCAUCGAAAACCACUGUUGAAGGUACUUGAUGAAGCGUAUGUACCGACGAGAACAAGUGGUGAGAAUCUGGCCACUAUGGUUAGUCAUGUCAUUAGGAGUCACCAGAUCUCUUUUCAAGAAGAGGAGUUACCAAUCGAAGGAGUGAUGCACAACCAUGCCUUGUAUAUCACCGUCAAAUGCAGGGACAGGUUUGUAGCGCGAGUAUUGAUUGAUAAUGUCUCAGGACUCAAUAUCUGCCCAUUAUCAACCCUUACUCAGCUAAAUUAUGAUGUAGGGAAAAAUUUUCAAAGUCGCAUGAAUGUAAGGGAGUUUGAUGGUUCGCAAAGAGAGACCAUGGGGAAAGUAUACUUGUGUAUCCAAAUGGGGCCUACAGAAUUUAUAACUGUGUUCCAGGUGAUGGGUAUAUCUACACGCUACAACUUAUUGCUAGGAAGACCAUGGAUCCAUGCUGUUGGAGCAGUCCCAUCCACAUUGCAUCAACUUUUGAAGUUCAUCUGA